GAGACACCGCCGAAUGACAACAAGGUAUUCUACAACUGGUAAUUGACUGGUAAUUCUGGCCCAUCAUUUUCUGAUUCUGCUUAUCUGUGGGAUUCCACUGGCUCACCGAAAUCUGCUACUCCCCAAAAUAUGCAUGACACCAUGAUGUUUUGCUUCUAACAGAACAUAAAGUACAACGUUCUACCAUCACAAUCACGUCCUACACUAAGGAUGGGCCAGCCCACCAUCACCUAAAUAUCAAAGUAACGGAAAUACUUGUAGCUGUUCAUCAGUUUUAUUUCGAGUUCGUGGUUGAUCUGGUAUUUUAUUCUUAUUGCCUUUUCAGCGCUGGUACCUUUCACUUGAUGAUCUUUUGGAAGGCUUGUGGUACGAUACUAGAAAACUAUUUCGCCAUCACUGAUCCAAUGGCACAGCAACGUAUAGGAUAUUUAAGCGGCGUUGGUGCAGGAUACAAAUGAUCAGACUACUCCAUCCAAAUCUCAAUACUAAGUAGCUAGUCAUGUCUUCCGUAGAAGGACAAUGGUUGCACGACAAAGGUGUAUAUACCCGACCUCUCUUAGGGUCCGAGGCUACGCACUACCAGAUAAGCCAGUUCACAGAAGGAGCUAAUGAAUUCUGCAUGGGGGUCUCAUUUGAAUCCACUUUCGUCGAGGACACCUUGGCCACAAAGGGUGUACUAGAUUUUUCUCUCCUUUGAUCGCAGCAGAAAUUCGCAGUCAGCAAGAUAGCCAUGCUUGGUUCUACACACCCGCACCUGAUUCUCUGCAUGUGCGCAACUGGGCAAGGGAUAGUCUGACAGUUCACCGUGAUGAUAUUUCAGAUGACGACUUCAUCCUCUCGAAAAAUGAAAUCCACCUUCCAGAAGUGGAUAAGAGUGAUUUGGUUUGCAAACAGUACUUUGCAUGCCAUCUUCUAUUGCGCAGCACUGGCUUGCAUUCCAUUUUUAUACACGCAACCCACUUUCUCGCAGAUGGGUUCACGGUUCUCAACAUGCUUUACACCAUAUUCCAUCAUUUCACUGCGUCAAAAUCGGCUAGAACCAUUGAGGACCAGCAUUGGGGGCUCGAGUGGAAAUAUCUACCUGUAGGCCCUGUUACUGCAAGCGGAGGCCUGCAGGACAAUUGGGAAAUUGAAGUACCCUUGUUGCAUGAAGCGAUGAAAAAUAUUGUUUCUACUCACCAGGAGUUUUCACGGAAUAUUACUGCGGAGAGAAUGCAAAUUCAGCAGCACGGACAUCCGUUGCGUAUCAAGCGAGUCAUCGAUGCCGAUACGUCGAGCAAACUCCUCGCUGCACUAAAGCAAGCGAGUUCAAGUGUUUCUUUUCUCCUUGAUGCCGCCCAAGUUCUUGCAAUCUUUAAGCAAGAGUCAGUCCAGGCAACCUUGACGCAGGAUACAAAUGUACUUUUGGACUUUUCCAUAAUUUCUUUGGAUAAGUUCUAUGUACCACCCUUCAAUACUCGAACACACGUGGCUUCGGCGAUGUGCUUUGUGCCGAACGUUAUUGGAACAAAAGAUAUUCCUUGGGAUAAAAGCUUGAGAGAGCAAGUACUAAACAUAAUGGUUAACCUGAAGCGUCAAUAUCGAAGAUGGCUGUCAAGUAAACACCUACCACAUUUAGCGGCUCAGACAGUCAUUCAGGAUAGUCUGCUGACAUCAUUGGCCACCAAUCUUGGUGUUGUGGAAAGGUACUUGCCUUUGGUUUGGCCCGCCGAAUCUGAGCAACCUAUUGCGGUCAUUGAAGAAUUGAUCCUAGGCCACCGCCAAUCUCAUUCCUAUCGCCCGUUUAUUCACUGUUGGUCACUGAGGUCGAAAGUCUACAUUCAGAUUGUGGCAUCUGAUGGAUACGAUGAAAAUAGCUUAGAAAAAUUUAUGGAUGACAUGGUAGCUAUAGCUACUUCGAUUAUUGAAGAUUGACAACUUUAGGGCUUGUAACGAGGAGAUGUAAUAUACUUUUGUGUGGUGCGCCAUGUGAGAGUGUAGUAAU